AUGGACCACCGCGACCGCGAUGAGGACGAGUACCGGACCGGCGAGACAACGCCGCUGCUGGCGGACCAGCCGAUCCCCAAGUCGGAGCCCGUCACCAGCAGCUGGUUGACCGAGUCACGGCUGCUGUGUCAGUACUCGCUGCCGCUCAUCGCCACGUAUCUGCUUCAGUACUCCUUCACGGUCAUCACCACCUUCGUGGCAGGUCAUCUUAGCGCCGAUGACCUCGCCGCCGCGAGUAUUGGUCUGACGACAAUGAACAUCAUCGGAUUGGCCAUCUACGAGGGUAUGGCCACCGCUCUCGACACUCUCUGCGCCCAAGCCCACGGUUCCGGGCGCCUCACUGCUGUCGGACUUCAUGUCCAACGCAUGCUCAUCCUGAUGGCCAUCGCCACCAUUCCCAUUGGCGCUUUUUGGAUAUUUUCUCCAAGCAUCCUCUCGGCAUUCGUCAAGCAGCAUCAUUUGGCUAUCAAGGCCGGUUCAUUCCUGCGAGUCAGCUUGAUCGGAAUUCCCGGAUACGCCGCGUUCGAGGCUCUGAAGCGCUUUCUACAAGCCCAAGGCGACUUCAAGAGUGCUAUGAUCGUUCUCAUCAUCUGCGCCCCGGUCAACGCCCUACUCAGCUGGCUCUUUGCCUUCAAGCUGGAUAUGGGCCUCGAAGGUGCCGCUCUGGGCCAGGCCCUUGCCAACGACCUCCGACCUAUCCUCCUGCUCAUGUACAUCGUCUUCUUCGGCCAAUGGUCUCACCAAUGUUGGGGCGGCUUCUCUCGAAAAGCUUUCCAGGAAUGGGGCACGCCCGUCAAGCUGUCAAUCGCAGGAUCGCUCGUCAACGUUGGCGAAUGGGCUGCUUUUGAGAUCUUGACCCUCAGCACUUCAUACCUCAGCACUGAACAUCUCGCCGCCCAGACGAUCUUGACCACGAUCUCGGUCGUAAUGUGGCACAUCCCCUUCUCCAUCUCCGUCGCCAUCUCGACUAGAAUAGGACACCUCAUCGGCGCCGGUCACGUCUCCAUCGCCCGUCGGGCAAGCAGCCUCUACGCCGCCGUCUUCACUAUUGUCGGCAUGAUCGACGGCGUUAUCCUCUUCCUCUUUCGAAAUCAACUCGGACUUGUCUUCUCCGAAGACGCCGCCGUCCAGGAGCUGGCCACAAAGUCCAUGCUCGCCGUCGGCGCCUUCCAACUCAUCGACUCAAUCAUCUGCGGAUGCAACGGCGUCCUCCGCGGUCUUGGCCGACAGUCUGUUGCGGCCUGUGUUGUCUUCGCCGUCAACUACAUUGGGGCUGUGCCCCUGGCGGUAUGGCUCGAGCUGGGAUCCCCUGCGAUGGAGCUUGACGGUGCCUGGAUCGGUCUUGGUGGCGGUAUGGUGCUGAUUGCCAUCAUAGAGUGCAUCUACAUGAAGGUCAUCAGAUGGCAGGAUUGCGUUGAGAGCGUCCGCGCCAGAGAAGGGAUUUAA